AUGUACAGCAGUCAGAACAACGAGCAUAACCCAAUUCACGCGUGGGGUUUGUUUGUUGGGCUUUCCUUCCUGUCCGAUGAUGAUGAUGAUGAGCAAGCGGUGUUGCGCAUGCAGGGAGUCAAUAAGAACGGAGGAAUGCACAAUGUCCUGUCGGAAACAACGUGCCGGACUUCAACGAUUGUAGUGGUGCUCUCCGAAGCAGACGACCCGCCCGCGAGUGAAGAUCCAGAGAUGGCGAGUCCAACGCUCUCUUCUGGUGCCAGACGGUGCACGACACCACGAAAUCAGGUACCCCAGGGUAGUGCUUCCUCGAUCCCAUUCGAUCUUCAUGCCCAAAAUCGAGACCCGCCACCGUAUCCGAAGAACAUGCCGGCUCAUACAUGCUCCCGCUGCGGUAGCGCCCAAGAGACCGGUCCUCUCCGCUCCAUCAGCCUCAACCAACGACGGCGACCGAUCCACACAGUUGCCAACCGUUCACAACGACAACGUUGCCGCGGCAUCUCCUGCGCCGCGUGCGAUCACCCAGCCUGUCUCCUCUGCGGAUUGGACCACGAGAAUCUCGAAGAGACCUCCUGCGCCGAGGAUGAUGAUUACGGAAAUCUGGCCGCGUCCGGCGAUGGCGAGGGCGCGAGUCGGCUGCGGAUCGCGCGGGAGUGUAAAGCCUGUCCGGGCUGUUCGGCGAGGAGUUGGAAGGAUGGCGGGUGCGAUGCGAUGACUUGUCUCGUCUGCUUCACGCAAUGGUGUUGGGGCUGUCGGGCGACAUACGGAAGCCGUGGGGCAAUCCGCCAUGGGAGAGGGUGUCGCAUGGCGCAAGCCGGCCGUUUGGAUGUUCAUGAUAAGAAUUUGUCGUUGGAGGAAUUGAUCGCGGGAUGGACACUCGGCGAGACCAAGGGGUUCCAAAUCGACACAGUCAUCAUCUCCGGACCUGAAGAUCUGUCUGACAAGGAAAACUGA